CGUCGCCUCAUGUCCCCUUCAUACGUGUCAUCAUCUCAGUCCCCCUUUCUCCUUCAUUUUAUUUCACACAAUCAUCAUUCUCCAUUAACACACACAUUUCCACAUUACUACUGUGUGUGUGUUUUCAACAAUGCUCAUGGAUUCCGAAGACGGAGACGCUAACCACGUUGACUCGUUUGAGAUUUCGUCAGCGAGUUCAACGGUUUCAUCGUUAUUUAGCAGCAGCGACGUCGACGUUUCCAGCAAUCUCUCCAUAACCAGCAGCUCCUCCGGCGAGAUUUUAGCUGCGGCGGUGGUGCCGCUUACGUUGACCGUGGAACGGGAAGGUGAGGAAGGACGAGUAGCUAGGAAGUUGAAGAAGUGCGUUGGGAGGAAUAAGGGAGUCGCGUGGGGGUUUAGGUCCGUAAUCGGACGGCGGAAGGAGAUGGAGGAUGCGGUUGCGGUGGUGCCGGGAUUCAUGUCGCAUACGUGCGAUCGCGUCGGAGGAUGUACGAAUCCUGGUUCUGGAAACUCCGUCGAGAUCUCUCCGAUUCAUUUCUUCGGCGUUUACGAUGGCCAUGGUGGAUCACAAGUGGCGAAAUUCUGUGCAGAGCGAAUGCAUGAAGUGAUAGCAGAAGAGUGGGAUCAAGAAGCAUCUAACGGUUGUAAAUGGAAACAAAGAUGGGAGUCAGUGAUGUCCAGUAGCUUUGAAAGAGCCGACAAUGAAGUCUUAUCAGAGGCCGCAGCUCCUGAAAUCGUCGGAUCCACCGCAGUUGCGGUGGUGUUAUCCGGUUGCCAAAUCAUCGUAUCCAACUGCGGUGAUUCCCGAGCAGUACUUUUCCGAGGCACGGAAUCCAUCCCUUUAACAGUUGAUCAAAAGCCCGAUAGAGAAGAUGAACUCUUGAGAAUCGAAGAACAAGACGGAAAAGUCAUAAAUUGGAAUGGAGCAAGAGUAUUUGGAGUCCUUGCCAUGUCACGAGCGAUUGGUGACAGAUACUUAAGACCGUGGAUAAUACCAGUACCCGAAAUAACAUUCACAACAAGAACCGAUGAAGACGAGUGCUUAAUAAUAGCAAGUGAUGGACUUUGGGAUGUAAUGUCAAACACCGAGGUGGGUGAGGUGGCUCGCCGGAUUUUGCGGCGGCGGCGGCGGUCUGCCGCCGGUGAAGUACCGGCGGCGCAAGUCCUGGCUGACAGCCUGAUUGAAAUAGCUGUGGGAAGAAAUAGUUCGGAUAAUAUAUCGGUAAUUGUUGUUGAUCUUAAAUCAAAGAGAAAGCAUCAUCAUAUAUCAUCAUCAUCAUGAUACAUGAAACAAAAGAAUUUGUUAAACGAUCUGAACAGAUUAAGAGCUUAGAUUAAGAGCUUGUAUAAAGCUGACUGGUUUCCGAGUUGGUGAACAAGAUCAUAAGACCUAACUUUUACUUGGUUUUGAUCCGUUAUAUAUUCAGACAAAUGUUGAGUAUAAGAAACUGUGAUGAGUCAUGAUGAUGAUGUUAUUGGUGAAAAGAUGAGCAUUUAAUUGUGUUAUUUAACGUGUGAUUAUUGGUGCUCAUUGGUUUUGAUCAACAAGGUUAUUAUUAAUUUAUUUUGUUAUGUAAUUUAUCGAAGUUUAUCAACGUCAUAUGAUUAAUGUUCUUAUUUGACCGGUGGUCAAAUGACGUUUGAUGUUGGUGUAUUGCGUUACAACGAAAUAUAUUUUUGAUUAUUGAGCA